AUGGUAGAAGGAGUUUGCUUAGCUGUGGCUUACACUGUUCAGUUUUCAGAUGACAUUGGGAAUCCAAAGGAACUUAAUCUGGUUUUCAUCUCUGAUAGACAAAAGGGCCUUAUACCUGCAAUUGAGAUGUUGUUCCCAACUUGUAAGUAUAGGUAUUGUGUGAAGCAUAUCUAUAAUAAUUUUAAAGUGGAUCAUAAGGGCUUGGAGUUGAAGGAUGCACUAUGGAGAUGUGUUGGAGCCACAACAAUCAGGGAGUUUGAGAGAAGAAUGCAGGAACUGAAGGAUUUGGAUGUCAAGGCAUGGGAGUAUCUUGCUGACAUCAAUCCUGCACAAUGGUCUAAGUCUCACUUUAGUAGUAGAGUUCUGUGUGAUUGUUUAGAUAAUAACUUGAGUGAGUCUUUUAAUGUCAUGAUCUUAGAAACUAGGGAUAAGCCAAUUUUAGCAAUGUUGGAGUGGAUCAGAGUUAGGCUCAUGACCAAACAAUACAAAAAGAUGAAAGGUAUAGCAAAAUACACUAGAAAGGUGUGUCCUAAUAUUCAAGACAAAUUAGAGAAGUUAAAACAUGAAUCUAUACCUUUCAGUGCUACUCCGGUUGGCAGCUUCAUGUAUGAGGUUGAUAAUGGUCAUGAGAGACAUGUGGUUGACUUGGUUAGGAAAGCAUGCAGCUGUAGGAUUUGGGAGUUGACAAGACUUCCUUGCAAACAUGGGAUCUCUACUAUUGUUAAGAACCCGGAGAAAGUGGAGGACUAUGGGCAUCCUUGUUACUUGAAAGAGACAUUUGUUGAAACUUAUAAAGAGAUAAUACAGCCAAUGCCUAGCCAGUCUGAGUGGGUUGAAACUAACCAACCUACUCCUGUUGCUCCUCAUGUGUAUAAACCACCUAGUAGACCACCAAAGCAAAGAAAAAGAGAUUUUGAAGAGCCAAGGAACCCUUAUAAACCUAGUGCAUCUGUGAGCAUUAGUGGUGUACCAAGUCAAGGAAGUGGUGGUGGUGCUACUAGGGGGUUUAAAGGCAGAAAGUUUGGUGUAUCAAGGCCAACAAAGUUUCAACUAGUUGGUGGAAAGGGCAAGAAGGCAACUGGCAAGAGCACCAAAAGCAAUAAAUAA